AUGGUAAAAUUAACACACAAGAUAUUUUUAAAAAAUCCAAGAAUGAAUCAAUCAAAACUACCAAUAACAAAAAUUUCAGAAACUGUUUUUAACCGCUUAAACCAAUCAAAUGAUGUUAUUAACAACACCAAUAAUAACACCACCAACAAUAACAACAACAAUAACAACAAUAAUAAUAACACCAAUAAUAAAAAUAAUAUAAAUUAUUUAUUAAAACCAAUUAAUGAAAUUAAUGAAAAUAAAAUUUUAAAUGAUCCAUCAAAUGAAAAUGGAUUAAAACAAUUAUUUUACGAAAUUAAUAAAUAUUAUAAUAAUUUUGGGAGUAAAUUAAUAUUUUUCUCAUUAAUUGGAAGUGAAUCAUUUAAUUUGAAUAUUGAAUCAAGUGAUCAAGAUUUCUUUGGAGUUUAUGAAUGUGAUAUUGAUCAAAUUUUGUCAUUUGAAAGUUACUAUUACAAUAGAAUUCCAAUUCAAGUUUUUCAAAAUAACAACUCAAAUAAUUCAUUACAAAAAGAUAGAGAUCGUGAUAAUAUAAUCAACCCAAAUGAAACCAUUAUUCAUUUAAAACCAGAUAUUACAAUUCACGAAAUUAGACAUUUUUCAAAACUUUUAUUAUUAGGAAAUCCAAAAUUAAUUGAACCCUUAUUCAUUGAAAACUUUUGUUCAUCAAGUCAAUCAUGGUUAGAUUUAAUUAAAAAUAGAAAACUUAAUUUUUAUACAAUAACUUGUUUAACUCAUUAUUAUUCAACUGUUAAAGUUUUAUAUUUUGAUAUUAAAUCAAUUUUUGAAAAUGAUAAAAAACAAAAUGAAAAACAACAAAAUGAAAAACAACAACAACAACAACAACAACAACAACAACAACAACAACAAAAUGAAAAAUCAUUAAAUGAUAGAAAAAGUAUUUUUAAAAAAUCAUAUCAUAUAAUUAGAUUAUUAAUUGAAAUGAAUGAUAUUAUUAAUUAUAAAGAUAUUAGAAUUUAUUUACCAAAUCAAUCAGAAGAAAGAAAAUUAUUAAUGAAAAUUAGAGAAGGUGAAGAAAUUGAUAUUCAAUCUUGUUUUGAAUUAGUGCAAUCUAAAUAUUUAGAAUUUGAAUCAAAAUUUAAUGAAUUAAAAAAAAAUUCAACAAAUGAUUCUUUAAUUAAAUUAAAUUCAGCUAGAGCAUUACACGUUUUAAAUGAUUGGGUGGUUGAUAUUAGAAGAAAUUCAAUUGAAAAUUCAAAUAAUUUAAAUUCAUUUAAAAAAUAUAAAUUUGAAAAUGAAAAUCAUCAUGAUGAAUCAAAUAAUAGUUUUAAAAUUGCAAUGGAUUUAAUGAAUAAAAAUAAUAUUAAAGGUACUUUAAUUUAUUUUGGUCCUUCAGGUAGUCAUUUACAUGGUUUACAAGAUGAUGAUCAUAAUGAUGAAAAUAGUAAUGAUAAUGAAAAGAUUGAUUGGAUUGGUAUUUAUGCAGCGCCAACUGAUGAUAUUGUUUCAUUAUUCCCACCUGCAUUAAAACAUGAUUCAAGUGGUUUCAUAAUGCAAUCAAAUGAACAUAUUGGUAUAAAUCUUAAUCCAGCACCUGAUAGACCAAAUAAUCAAAAUAAAAAGGAUUCAUUCAGUAAAGGUAUCAUUUUAUAUGAAUUAAAAUAUGCAUUGCAAUUAAUUGUAAAUUGUUCCUAUAGAGUUUUAGAAUGUGUUUUCAUGUCUUCAAAUCAAGUACUCAAUAAUCAUCCAUUCAAAAAUAAAUUUUAUAUUACAGAUGCAUGGAAAGAUUUCAUUAAUCAAGUUUUAAUCAAUGAUAAUAAUAAUAAUAAAACUUUUUCAAAAUUAUCAAAUUCAAAUUUAAUUCAACAAUAUUGGGGACUUGCAAAAGGAAUUAGUAUGAAGAAUUCAACAAUUUUUAAAAUGGUUAAAUCAAAUUUGUUAAGAAAAAAAGAUGAUGCUAUUACUAUUGCUGAAGAAGAUUUAGUUACUGAUGAUAGUAUUUCAAAGAAUUUAUUCUUUUUAAAUUAUUUAUUAAUACAAUGUAAUACUAUAUUAAAUGGUAUUGUUUUUAAUGAAAAUAAUACAAUUAUCAAUUCUCCAAAUAAUGAAAUUUUAUUAAAAGAAAAAGAAAUACCAUCUAUAUUCAUUGAUAAACAAUCAAAAGAUUAUCAAUUUUUAAUGUCAUUAAAACAUAACAAGCUAAACAAACUAUCAAUCAUUCAAUCAUUAAUAAUUGAUUCUGAUUCAAUUUUAGAAGAAAUUAGAAUUAAAUUAGAUACUUUAAAGAAAAUACAAAGAAUUGAUCUUGUAGAAUUUGAAACUAUAAAAUUAUUAAAUUCAUUUUAUAAUAAAGUCAGAAAAUCAUUAUAA